GACAGGUGUGGUGUGGUGAGGUGUUGGGUGAGGUGAAGCCCGCUCAGCAGCAAACCAGCCAGCAACAGCAGCAGCAGCGGUGGCGAGAAUGGAAACAAAAUAUGUAUAUCGUGCCAAUUUAAUUUCUGUUUCACUUAGCAUUUGUCAGUGCUGAAUCGUCCGCGCUGUAGAAUAGAUGCCUCGGGAUCGCUCCGAGCCGCAGAGGAGUACUCGCGCCUGUUAUCGCUAGUGCGGUGAGGUACGAUUCGAAUCUGCUGAUAACGCAAUCAGAGAGAGAAAAGGUGUGUGUACUUUUUUUUGUAAGGCGACUCCGGUGGCGUUAGCCGGCAACGAACGAGCAGAAGUCCCCGGAAGCUGCAUGCUGCUGCGAUAUCGGCGUCCAAUAGAAAUUCUCUGGAUUCCCUGAGCUAAAGAAAGGAAGUACACUCUGUCUUCGGUGACCACUAUCAAUCAACCGGAAUUUGAUGAGCCGUACCGGUACGGCCAAGAAGUCGCAUGCUUUGUUACGUACCGUCAGCAGACUAGAACGAGAACAGAUUUUUGGGGCACUCCAAUCGAUCCCCAAUAGCUGGGAGUACGCUAGCUGGAUAGUAAGAAGCUUCGAUCACGAACCGGAUCAUCUUGCUGGAAAGUACGAGGCAUUUUUGGCACAUCAAUCAAUCAACUCAUUAGCGCGACGAGUUCAACCUUGGCAGGACGGGACGCGACGUUUUUGGUUGGAUAUUUGCUGCAUCUGUGUGUGAAGUUCUGAUUGCAGAAUGCAAUAUGGUUGGGUCCGUGCACUGUUCCACCAGUAGGGUGACGCCUUGUGUCUGCCGGUCAGUGCAGCCAAAGGAGCAACCGCUCGUACAGCAGCAGAAGCGAGUCGUGUUGUUCCUGUCUACGGAUCACUUCCUCGCAUUUGCUUGCCCUGCUAUCAAGAAUGCAAUGUAUUAGGAUUUGGUCGGAGUGUGCGCCAGAACUGGCUCAAACAAUCAGCGACAAACUGUAAACCAGAAGACAGAGCAUUACAUUACGUGACAGUGUAAUUGUUAAGCUUUUUUUCCCGUUUGUUCUCACUGUCAUCCAUUGUGCAUCCCCCUGGGAGGGAUAGAAAGUGUGUGCGCGUUUGUGUGUGUGUGCGUGUGUAUGUGUGAGGUUACUACUAACGGUUCAAACCCGUACAGGACCAAGUAGUCGAAACAGCGUUAGUAGCAGGAUAAUUAGUUUCAGUUCUUUGCCGUACUUCCUCGCCAUCGUUAAGGGAAGUAAUUUGGUGCCAACAGAAGGAAACAUUGCCGAGCUGCCUCUGAAAGGAAGUCUUUCAUCGUACAGUAAGGCGUACAUAUUAGUCAACGCAAGGCGGAAGAAUAACGGCUAUAAACGUCACGUUCCGGACCCACGCGUCCUCAUCAGCUGGAACACACAAGGAACAUUACAACGAUCUCUCAGCCCCCCCCCCACUAAUAAUCGCCUCCUUCGCACGACGACAGGCACCGCCGGGAGGAUGGAACAGAUCGUUACCUCGAUUGUCUGCUUUUUAAUGAUUUUGGCCAUCGUUCGCGUAGGCAGCGUUCCUGCACCGAGUGACAUCAUAUCAGGGCGAGAGUUCCUAUCGAUACUCAUGAAACCGACCGGCGAAGAAACGGCUGCCGCACCACAGCAACCGUCGCGCAACUUCCGCGGGUUGCGCAAGUUUCGCCACUUCUUCUUCGAUCAGUCCAGCACGGAUGAUGAUACGAUACUGCCGAUCGAGGCACUGUUCACGUCCCAGGAAGAUCUGGACCGGAGUAGUACGCGGUUCUACGGCUACAGGAAAGGUGGACAGCGCGCUAGCAGUGGUAGCAGUAGUACGGCACCGGUUACAACGACGGUACCACCAGUGGUCUCGGUGCAUGACGCAACCGAUCCGGUCACUACCUCAUCACCCUCGUGGUUCGUUGACGGCGAGCCAACGACGCCGCUGAUGGAGACGAAUGGAACCACCGGUGAGAGUACCGAGCUCACGACACUAGAGGACGUUACCACGGUAACCGCUGGGCCGUCACUAGAGGAGGAGAAGGCGACGAUAGUGCCGACGGUAAGAGCAUCUGGACGGCACGCCAAGCGUGCCAAAGCGAUCCAGCAACCGGUAGACUACGCGAAGGUGGUAUCUCCAGUCCGUCAUUCGAAUGCGCAUCGGAGUGAGUUUUCGGUCGAGGAGCUGGGACCGACAAUCAGCAAGGAGGAAGAACCCGACUCGGCCAAGGGAGAAUCAACCUCGGUGGUGAAGCUGGUAGCUCCCCCCGUUACAUCCCAACAGCGAUAUCGUACACAGCGCAAGCAAGAGUCAAAAGGUGGUCCCUCCUUCCAGGCGGUAAACUAUCGCGACCGUAAACCAACAGACGGUCUGGUAUGGCGCGAUAUAAACGGCGAAACGCGUUUGGAGAGUGACCAGAAGGCGCAGCUAAAGUCGACGAGGGAUAAAAGUGUCCCCCAGAUGUACUCUGAACCGGCACGGUUUUACUCCGAGCCAGCACAGUUUUAUUCCGAACCGGCGAAGGUGUACUCGGAACCGGCUAAGGUGUACGGGGAGCCGGAGAAAGUGUAUUCCGAACCUGCCCGGGUAUAUUCCGAACCGGCGAAGGUGUAUUCGGAGCCGGCGAAAAUCUACUCCGAGCCCGCUAAAGUAUACUCGGAGCCGGCAAAGAUCUACUCCCAACCGUCUAGUUAUUGGCAGACGGCUUAUUCGGCACUUGAUUCGACGACUAUCGCUUCCGCGACGACAGCGGCAUCCACUACAUUGGAGUCCUCCACCUCGGAAUCGUACACACCUGCGACCUCGACCGGGACAACGGUCGGACCGGUGCGGUUAGUUUUUAACGAGCUAGACAAAAUCCCGUAUGAUCAGCUAAAUGCACCGACGGUUGAUGGGGAAGAUGCUGGAUCGAUCCACAGCGCGAUCGGGAAGUUUGUCCCGAAGCAAAGCCACGGGCUGGAUAAAACCGAACAGCAGGGUGAUUCACCGGAUGACGGGUUUGCGGUACAACCACCGGCAGGCCCGGUAGUGCAGACGUUGGCUCCCGUACCCGGUUCGGGAGAUGAUUCGAAGGUAGGGUACGUUGUUGAAGGACGCAACUAUCGGAAGUACCGCGUGGAGGAGAAAACCCCGGAUGGUUUCAUUGUCGGCGAAUAUGGUGUACUGUCGCACAACGACGGUAAUCUUCGUGGCGUCCGCUAUACGGCCGAUUCCGACAUAAAUCCGCGGUUGAUCUACGAUGCUCUGCUGAAGUUUCUUUCGUUAUGAAACCUCACGCCCCGAAAGUGUGUCGUGCGUCUGAAGUCGAGUCAUAAGUAGCCAAAAAACAAAAAAGUCAACAACAAGAAAUCGUUGUAACAGAGUGCGCAAGGCAUAUAUACAGUCAUUCGGGCGCGAUGAGCUUAACUGAUUGGAUGUCAAAGGAGAUAGAAUCACGAUUAUAAUGGGAAAAUUAGGAUAAAAGAUGGGGAGACGCAUAUAGAAAAAGAGGGAGAGAUAAAAAUAGAGAGAGAGAGAGAGAAAGUGAGAGAAGGGAAGGGAAGAAUGGAGGUGAGAAAGAGUGAAGAAUUGAUAAGCAAGCUAGAAAUUAUGUCGGGUUGGAUGCUGUAGAUGCAGAUGUAGUUGAUGCCAUAUUCCUAACCAACUCGACAGAUGCAUCCAGACAGAGACAGUCUAGCUUUUUAGUCUAGUUUAAUAUAUUAGGCACAUUACAUCUUUUCGAAUUUACUAGCUCCCCAAUUACUGCCCAAUUUUUACUGCUCCAAUAAUAAAUCCUCAGGAUUGCCUGCAUUCCAAACAUAAGUAAUAUCUUCCCCGUUUUGAAGCGCACCGGUAACGCAUGAACUGGAUGAACCAAUGUUAAGAGCACGCUGAUGGAUGACUCGACCGAGACAGCAGUCAUCUCCGCUUAACAGAUAUUAGUCCAGCUAGAUAGUUGUAUAAUAGGUAAUCGCUCCUCAGGCUCGUCAGUUUGCCAUAUGCUUCCGUUUCUUUACCUUUAGUGUUUGUUAGACGUUGCGCGGUGAAAGUAACUUGCCAAAAGAAUUCUAGCAGUGUAUAUACCACUCUGAUUGGGUUUUCGCUGCACAUCAACGGAAGCUAGAGAUAGAGAUGUAGGGGGGGUUAUGUUUCGCUGUAUGUACUAAAUCCGUAAGGCCAUCCCGGCCAGCGCUAAAUGAUGGGAGUUAUGGUGAAGGAAGUAACAGUCACUUGCUCGAAUUGAAGAAUGACCCCUUUUGGGCCCCAGCACGUCAAACGUUCCGGAGCACCGUCCUUCACGUCACCCCUUUUAUUGAAUUAAAAUGUGAUAAUAGUGUAGAGAUAUUUAACUUAACUUAACGUAUACUGGUAAGGCAUUGGUUUCAUCACUUGUUGCCCCCCCCCGCCUUUCCCGGGAGUAGCUGUGCUCGUGUGUUUUUUUGCUCAAGUCAAUUUUAAUGUUGCCCUUGCCUGUUUGCUAGUUCCAGGUAGGAAGGUCAGGAUCCAGGAGGAAGAAAGGUAAUAGGGCGAUCCUCUAGAGUGCGAUGUUCGGGUUUUGCCAUAUGGAAUCGAGUAGCUCGACCUCGGAAACAAGUUUUAUCGUCUAUAUUUAACUGCAGCGAAGAAGUACUAUAACGUUUCACUGCUUAGGAUUAUUAGGAGUAAACGGUUUGGCAUAGCAAUAUAUCGAUUGUCAACCAUGCUACCAGGGGGAUAGGUUAGCAGUAAAGGUUCAGUAGAAUAUUAGGCUUAUAAGUAUAGAAGCAUCCUUUCGGUCAGGGUAAAGCAGUUAGGUAAUCAGUUUGUAAGAAAAGCUGUAUCUUGGUUUUGAAGAAUCUUGAGGAAAUAGUGACGAAACUCCAAUUAAAUUAAGUUGAUAAGAUUGUGGUAGUUCAUUCCAGGGGUCCUCAGAAAUUCUCUCUCUCUCUCUCGCUUUCUCUCACUAUCUCUCCCUGUCUCUAUUACGCUCUAGAUGUAUUUUGCUAUAUAUCUACUUCUUCCUUCGUAACAACUUCACAACGUGUCUUCUCUUGCCCAACCGGAUGUACUGCACCAGAACCGAAUCAUUAAUUUCGAUAAGAAUUGUGUAAUAAAUGUAUUUCCCUUUCCUCAGCAAAAUAA